AUGUCUCGCCCAGAGCACCUCCGCGGCUCCUCAUCGACCAACAUCCAUGGCGGCAGCCAGUUUCGAGUGCUGGAAGGCAAGAUCGCAGUGGUAACAGGAGCAUCUCGAGGUAUCGGCGCCGCAAUAUGCGACAAUCUCGCAGGCAAAGGCUGCCAUCUCAUCAUGAACUACACGUCAGACAGCUCAGAAGAGAAGGCCACCAAGCUAGCAGAAAAACUCCGACAACAGCAUGGAAUUCAAACUCUCCUCGUCCAAGCAGACAUGGGUUCCGAGAAAGGUCCACAGCACAUCAUCGACAUCGCAAAGAAUCACCUCGCACAUCCCAAAACCAUGAAGUUCCAGCUGGACAUCAUCAUCAACAACGCAGGCAUCGCAGGAAAAACCCCCAUCGAGGAUUGCACGUCCGAGGAAUUCGACCGCUUGUACCACGUCAACGUCCGAGGGCCAUUACUCCUGAUGAAAGCCGCCCUACCCUACCUCCCACACGACAGAUCGGGCCGGAUCGUGAAUUUGAGCUCGGUCAGCGCAUCCUUGGGCUUCCACGAAGAUGGCAUGUACGGCGGAACCAAAGCUGCACUCGAAGCCAUGACGAGGACGUGGGCGAGAGAGCUGAGUGAGAGGGCAACCGUCAACGCCGUAAACCCUGGGCCCGUUGCGACAGAUAUGUAUGGCGCUACCAGUCCGGACUUCCAAGCCAAGAUGGCUGGUUGGACUAGGAAUACACCACUGGCUGCUAUCCGCCCAGAGGUUGAUCGGAAAGAUUUAGUUGAGGGGGCAGAGAAUGCGGGAGGCAGACCGGCGUAUGACUUCGAGGUGGCUGGUGUUGUAGCCAUGCUGUGCACACCAGACAGCGCCUGGUGCACAGGCAGCGUAGUAUGCGCAAAUGGUGGCUUCAAGUUCAGCUACUAG